CAUAGCUGGGGAGUGCAUGUGGUUGACCCAACAGAGAUGUCUGAGACUCCAACCGGCAAGGAAAAUCCCCCUGGAGAGUGCCCUGUGUGCUACGAAAAAUUCCACGCUCUGAAGACUGCCCACCGGAAGCUGACCUGUGGACACGCCUUCUGCCAUGACUGUCUGGUGAAGUACCUGCUGUCCUCCAAACCGGAGGGCCAGAUCCAGAACUGCAUCAUCUGUCCCAUCUGUCGCUAUGUGACUUUCCUUUACAAGAAGAAAGACCACUGGCCUCCCCAGGAUCCGGAAUUGUCUCUCUCCCCCACAUCUUUGCUCCAUUCAGUAAUAUCAGGGUCAGACAACACCUUGGUGGUCCCCAGCCAUUUUGUGAUGCCUUUGCAGAGCUAUGCAACAUAUCACAAUAGGAGUAGCAUCCUCUCAGACUCCAUGAGUAUGAAGGAUGGCCUGUUUCAAGAGGUGCACAUUUUUGUGAUCAGUGAUCAUGGGAUGCCAUUGGUUGAAGAUAAUUGUAGCUUGGUCAUUAGACGGGGCAGAGCAGAAACCCAACAGUCGGUGUCAUCCAGAAGUUCUGUGGGGAUAAAGUGCUACCAGUCACCCAUUGUACUGGCUGUUUUCCUCAUCUCUAUAGUUGCCCUUUUAGCAGCAGUGCUCCCUUGGGUCUUACUGGUGAAGAGGAGCUCAUGAGCAGGAGUGGGAAAUCCUGAAAAUAUGACCCACAUGGAGCAGUGUACCAAAAGCAACUUGCCACUUGCAGAAAUACUCCACACUCCCAAGAUGAAUACCACUUCUUCUGCACAGGGCUCAUCAUGUUGUGACACAUCCUCAGAUUGUCUGCCAGAAGGAAAUCCCACAGAUAGCUACAAUGUAAAUGUAUAGAGGCUUGAGAGCCAGUGGCUAGAUGGGAGACAUCUUCUGAAAGCCCAGCUUCUGGAAGAAAUGAUGCCUGUGAUUCCACAGGUGUUGCUUUUCCUUUUGACUCGGGGCCAAACUCUACCCUUGUUGGGGCACAUCCCUGUUUGCACUACACAAAUGGCUUUGUUGGCAAUGAGGCAGUUAGGAGGCACCAUCUCAAAACUAAGAUGAGACAUGCAGGGCAUGGCUGCUUGUGGUCACAGGAUAAAUUCCUUCAUGCACUGAGUUGCAAAAGAGAAUCCUACUUACUGAGAAAUACUCCAGUCAGCUCCUGAGACAGGAGGCAGGGCAGCACCUUUUGUAAUAGUUCCUUUUGCCUAAUCUGUAUUUGACACAAAAUGUUGCUAUACAAGUGUUCCGGGUCUUGAGUGUGAAUACCUGGUCAAUUAAACACAUUUAGUGAAAUGAGGUAGAUGGAGUUUGUCUGGAAUGGGUGUUUGCCCAGUGUCCUUGAGGGGGCAGAGCUCAGCUACGAUGU